AUGGCUACCAAAAUUCCCAUGGACAUAAUGUUGACAGAAAUACUCCCCAAAUUGCCAACAAAAUCUCUUAUUCGUUUCAAGUGUGUUUCGAAAUCAUUUAAAACCUUUAUUUCUAAUUACAAAUUCAUAGACCUUCAACUCCGUAAAUCUCAUGAUUUACUCAUCAUCAAAGAUAUCGACAAUGAUCUUUACUUGUUCGACUUGGACACCUCGAAAUCUCCCGCCACCAAACUGACCUUGCCUUGGACUUCUUUCCGACUAGUUGUUGGAUCGUGUUAUGGCUUACUUUGUUUACAAGAAAUUGACCCCGUAUUUAGGUUGUUCAAUGCAUAUUUACAAACUUACCGGGAUAUCUUAUAUUCAGGUGAGUCGUUCUCCGGUAAAUCCGGAUUCGGAUAUGAUCAUAAGAACAAGGAUUAUAAGAUUGUUUUACUACAUCCUCAACAUGUUACGCUUUAUAGUUUAAAGGCUGAUUCAUGGAGAGACGUUGUCCAAAAAUCGAGUCUUGAAAAUAUAGGGAGUCUUUGUGGUUCGAAUCACCAUGGUGUUCUCGUCAAUAAUCAUUUACUCCAUUGGUUGUUUUCGAGUUUGAAAGAUAAUAUUCGAAUUCGUUGUUUUAAUCUAUGUAGCGAGCUAUGGGAGGAGGACGACAUACCAUUACCUGAAUACAAAUGGUAUUCGAUUAGUACUAAUCCAAUUUUAGGGGUUAUUGAUGGUUGUUUGAGUCUAAUGGUGACAACUACAGAAUCGGUUGAUAUGUGCGUUAUGAAGGAGUAUAGAAAUAAAGGGAGUUGGGUGAAGUUAUUUGGUGUUUCGCAUUCAAAUUAUGUUAUCCCGUUAUCACAACAUAUUCCCUUGGCACACAAUAGAGAAUCAAAUUCGGGAAUUUUGAUGAUGAAAAAUUCGUAUUCAAGUAAGACGAAUUCAACAACGAGGUGUUUAGUUUGGUAUAAUAGCAAUGACAAUACAUCUAAGGAAAUCGAAUUCGAUGGGAUUACUAGUGUUUCUCAAGCUUUUAUGUGUAAACCAAGUCUUGUUAUUGUAUAA